AUGGAGGAGGCAAAGGCCAAAAUACACCUGGCAGAUUUUGGCAUCGAAACAGUCCGCCAGAAGCGGGCAGUAACCGGAGGACUCCUGCUGGAAAUUAAGGGUCCGGAUUGCGGCGCGAAGGCGGACAAGCUGGCGGCCAAAAUGCGUGAGGUUCUCUCAGACCUAAACGUGCGGAUCAAUCGGCCAGUUAAAACUAGCGAUGUUCGACUGAGGGACCUCGACGACGCCGUCAGCACUUUGGAGGUUGCGGCGGCUAUGGCUGAGGCAGGAGAUUGCUCGGUGGAUGAUAUAAAAGUCGGGGAAAUCCGCCGAAAUCCCACUAGCAUGGGGACAUGCUGGGUGCGGUGCCCAGUUAAGGCAGUCCGCAAGAUUACGGCUGUUGGGCGAGUGCGCGUGGGUUGGGGGUCUGCUCGAGUAGAAUUACUGGAGCCCAGGCCCAUGCCGCCCAUGCACUGUUUUCGGUGCCUAGAAAGGGGGCACGUUGCCAGCAGGUGCUCCAGUGAAACAAACAGAGGCGCACGUUGUUAUGCUUGCGGAGAGCAAGGACAUAGGGUGAAACAGUGUACUGCGUCGGCACUAAAAUGUCCCCUCUGUUCCGAUCUUGGGCAUUCUGCUGGCCACAGAUUAGGGAAGAAGUGUAUGCCUCCUCCCAAAAAAAAGGGAAGGAAGAAUGGUGAGAUCUCUGCACCCACCAGCAAGGCGGCCACAACGACUUCUGUCGCUGCUCCGAGUACUAGCUCGGCUAUGGAGGUGGCUGAGUUAGAAAUUCGCACCCCUUAA